CGGCAGGCGAGCUUCCGAAGCAGCGGCAACGAGGCGAUUUGAUAACGCGCAAACGGACACACUGUCCGUCGCGUUCCGUCCGUCAGCGAGCAAUUCGUGGAGCGCCUCCAUUGAAUCUCCGCGUGCGUCCGCAGCGCAAUCGUCCCCUGUUGCUUUUUUUCCAGCGAAACGUAAAACAACGUCCGCGUGUGUGAUUGUGAUGUCGAACCUGCGACUGUGCGAAAGUGCGAAGAUUAACAGUGUCUCCCCAUGCGGCGGCGACUAAUUGAUGCCACAGCACACACCACGCCGUGAUUAUCGCGAUUAUCUGAUGUGAGCCACCACCAGCGGCAAGAUGCGUAUGGACACGCUGCAUGUCUUCCUCGCGUGGUUGCUCGUCGUCGCUGCCGACCGCGCCGCGCCGCACUCGAAGGCAGCUUCGAUACGUACCACCGGCGUAACAAACGUGACGCGAAUGUACGCUGACCUACGACACAUCCCCGUCGGCAGCACAAGUGUACUGCAACUCAAUCUGGCGUAUAAUUACAUCAGGAAACUGGAUAACUACACUUUUGUGGAAAAUCGCUAUCGCGAUGUGAAGAAGAUCUAUUUAUUUCGUAAUGCGAUUGUUAAAGUCGGGGUGGAUGCAUUCCGAGGCCUGCAUCAGUUGGAAACCGUUGAUUUAUCAGAUAAUAAUCUGACAACAUUGGCGUAUGACACUUUCGCCACCAAUGUGAAUCUACGCGAGUUGAUUCUCGCCAACAAUCGUAUACGAUUCAUACGUCAGGCGACUUUUGUGCGUUCGCAUUCUCUGCAGACAUUGUCGUUGACCGGUAAUCGUAUCACAGAAAUCCAUGACGCUACGUUCAUCGGUUUGGCGAAUCUGAGACGACUGAUGCUCGCCGAUAAUCCGCUGACUACGCUAGCGCCGAUGUGUUUUAAAAGCCUGAAGAAACUGCGUUACCUCUCGCUGGCCAACACAGAUGUGCAUCGGAUACACGUCGAUAUGUUCUUUGCGUUUCCGCGGAUCAUCCACGUGGGCGGUACGCCAUUCGCGGACACAUUUCGCCCGCCGCUGACGCAAUUGACGAGUCAAAGUUUCGCCGAGCUCACGCACUUCGAUCAGACGAUAGACUGAACAUUUUACGCGUAAUGCACAUGGACUAGUCUUGACAAAUCUCAAAUGUUGAAUACGCGUUAGUUGAUAAGUUGUUUAACUGUAAAAUGCAAGAGACACAGUGAAGUGUGAUCAAAGUGACCCAAAAAAUCUUGAAAAAUCCAUCGAUUUGAUAUUUAACAUUCUAAACACAAAAUUAAUAACUUAAUUAAUGGCAUUAUGGGAACAUGUGGCGAAUGUAGCUGCUUAAAACUAAUUAAAACGUGUACCUAUUCAUAAAAUAUUUUAUAUAUUAUGCCGAAAAGUGUCAUCAUCGCGCGCCUGGCGUUCGACCGGCAUCUGUAUUAUAUUUGUUAUUUAAUUAGGUGUUAAUUAGUUUUCUACUUUAUGCGUACGUUGUCUUUAUUGCCGAUUUAUGGGCAUUUUACAACUUUAUCUAUCUAUUCAGGGCGAAGAGAAAAAAACGCGAAUAUUUUACAUAUUCACGAAUCUCAAUUCAAACAAACAUCGAAAUCACCCUGUAUUAAGUAAAUAAUUAAUCUAAGUGUGUGAUACUACGUUUUAGUGCAAAUGUAAAAUUUUUAAAAAAGAAAUUUGUAAACAACGCGAUAGAAAUUAUUAUAAAUAUCGGGCGAAUUUCGGCUCUUUUCGCAUGAGAAAAGUUUCAAUUCGACCAACAAAAUUCCUUGCGGUAAAUAUUUGCCGUGAGAUAUCACAAAACUCACAUUGCAUCACGCCAUUCGAACAAAUAAUAUUCGACACAGACUCAGACGAGUAAAACGUAAAAAGAAAUUAAAAACAAAAAAAUCGUCAACUACGCUUUACUUUAUCGAACUUUUCUAUUUCAAAUUAUAAUGAAGGCAUAGAAACGCUUUGAAUAUAAUUAGAUUCCAUAUUUGCAUAUCGUUCAAUAUUCACCGUCGAUGACAAUGAAAAAAAAAACAACAAUACGAAUAACUUACAAUGUUACAAUAACCAGUUUUGUGUUUGUGUAUUUUUAUCGCAAAACAAUAUUCGUAAAAAUUCUUAAAUUAAGGAUGUACAUAGAAUAUAUGCAUAAGUCAACCUAAAAGUUACUAUACAGUAAGAUAUAAGUGAAAUUAUUUGUAUGUACCUGAUGCUAACUGAUGCAAUCUGACCGGUGAGCAAAGUCUGUAAAAUCAACACGAAAUAAACGAAACAAAACCAAAAAACACA